UUUGAAUGCUAUUUUCAUAGAAUUGACUGAAGUAAUAUGCAAUAUCCGGCACAUAAUUUCAUUUUUGUAAAUAUUUAAUUGUACACAAGCACAAGAAAUCGAAGUAUUAAGCGUGAUUUAAUGUUACGGAUUGUGGGAAAAUUGCUAUUCGUGACGUCAUGAACCACAAUGGCGCCUUUCUUGUGGUGCACAACAGCAAAGGCAGAAUCGUAUUUUAAAAGACAAUUUAUUCAAUAGAAUUUUUAAUACCCUAACAUCGAAACGUGAAAAGAAAUGCUCACAAAAUGUGCGACAUUUGUACGGAUAUGCUGGCUCUUCUCAAUAGCCAUGACGAGAAGGUGCAGUCUGGAGAAGGCUUACAGUUGACUAAAAGUGAUGUUAUAGCUGUUAUAUUUUUUGUUCAAGCAUGGCCACAGAGGCAAUGCACAUGCUGUUUUAAAGAAUUAAAGAAUUUUGAAAGACUCAACAACGUAGUCCAAGUAAUUCUAAACCUUGCUAUCAAGUACAUUCAAACAUUACCUGAAGACUACUUAAAAGAACAAGAAAGAGAAAAAGAGAAAGAGGCACAGAACAGUGAAGGAGAUGGAGGUGCAAACACAGAGGAAAAGACCAAAAAUGAAUCCACUAUUUCUGUUGAGACUGGUAACCAAGAUGAUCCUAACAUAAACAUUUCUGAAGAUGAAGAAGAUAAAAAAGUUGACAAAACAAGAAAUGAUGACAAAAAAGUAGAACAAACAGAUGCAUCUCAAGAAAAGAAAAAAGAGAAAGUGGAAGAGGAAAGGGAAGGAAAAUCUAUAUCUGAAAACGAUGCUAAGGAUAAACUAGAACAGGAAGAAGAUGAAACAAAACAGGUUCAAGAGCUUGAGUAUUGGACUACUGAGGAUAAGGGAGGUCUUCUCCAGGUUGUGGCCAGAAUCUUCCUGAUGAACUUUCCACUGUACAUGGCCUAUAAGCAUACAUUUCACACUUCCCUGGAGGAGUUAUCUCAGCAAGAAGCGAAUGCACUAAAUAAUUAUUGUGAACUAUCGGACCCAGAGGUUCCAGUGUUCCUGUUGAGAAAUGUUUGUUUCUUCUGUGAUAGCAAUGGCCCUCAGUCUAUGCUACAUUGCUUUGAGAAGGCCAAACCAGACAACCUGCCCCUCCCUCUUGUGCAUACUCUGAUUACUAUUGUGUCCAAUCUGAGGUUGUGGAUGAACAUAGGGACUGUGAUGCAGCAGAUUGUUCCCCUCAGAACACAUGUGAUAAGGUAUAUGUGCCAACUCUCUGACAAGGAGCUGCGUGUUGCUGGCACCCGCAGCCUCACUGAGCUCAUCUGGUCAGCACUGAAGGAACCCAUUGAUGCCAAUAUGCUGUUUGACAAAGAAGGCCUGGAGCUGGCCUUCAAAUACUUCACUUGUACCACUCUGACCAUAAGGCUGGCUGGUAUAGCACAGGUUAAUAAUCAGAUUAAUAUGUACAAUGACAUAGUAAGCAGCAAUGAGUCAUUCCUGGAGGCAGAACACGUAGGCUCUCAGAUUGCUAACUGGUUGAUAGAAAAAAAGAUCAUUGAACAUAUUUUUGGACCAAACCUGCAUGUUGAGAUUAUCAAGCAGAGUCAGAUCAUCCUGAAUUUCCUUGCAAUAGAGGGAAGAGUGACAGCAGAGCAUUUAGACUGUAUUUGGGCAGCAGCACAGCUGAAGCAUUGUAGCAAGCAGGUCUAUGACACACUCAUUGUGCUGAUCAAGAACCUAGAGGCUCAACCAGUGCAGCAUCUUCUAAGACUGGUUUCCAACCUGGAACCCUCUGCCCACACUGAACAGACCCUGUUCCUGGCCUCUGCUCUGAUCAAAUGUCUCUGGACCACAGCCAUGAGCCAGACUGUCCACCCAGUACAAGCUGUGUAUGAUAGACCUGGCUACAGCACUCCUGUCAGAGAGGAGGAGGAGGAGGAAGAAGAACAAGGUGUGUUGGACACCAAGGCAGGUGGUGGAAGAGGGACUGGUUCCAAAGAUGUGUCCCCCACUGGGAGCAAUGCCAGUGGCAGCGGAAGGGGGAAGAAAAGAAAAGUACAGGCAGUUGAGGAUGACAGCGACCAGCCAACAGAUGGCGCUAGUAGUCACAAAGCUGGUCAAGAAAGGCACCACACCCCAGAAGCUGACACCAGCAGCCUGUGUGCCAACAGUGAUUUGAGCAGUAUCAGUGAGGAGAGCCUGCCCACAGAUGAUGAGCAUCAUCAUGAGGAGGGAGCUGGGCAUAAACGACCCAGAUGCGGAGUGAAACCAGUCUUUAAACCUGGUCGUCGUGCGUGCAAACAUGGUCAUCACAGAAGGGAGAGUAAUAGUGAGGAGGAGGAGGAAGAGGAGGAAACAAGCGAGGGAGAACAUAUAUGUGGUGAAGAUGAUGAGGUUGAAGAUCCUCAUCUUUCACAUCUGCAUCGGCAUCACCACCACCACCAUCACCACCAUCAUCAUCACCAACAUCAUGAGCAUGAACAAAGCUCUGGUGCUAUAAAACAGCAUCGCUAUGGAAAACCCAGCCAUGAUAGGUGCAAAGGACACAAGGCCAGGUUUUCAUCAGAUGAGGAUGAAGAGGAGGAAGAAUAUUUAAAUUCUGAUGAGGAAGCUCUGGUGGAGCAGGUCAAGUUGGUCAGUAUGGGUCAUUUAUGUAAAGGGCGUGGCAUGCACAGGUCUCAGAGUGACCAGGAGAGCACUGAGAUCAGCAGUGAUGAAUACAGUGAUGAUGAUGAGCUGUUGGAGGAGGCGUGUGAAAUUGCACGUGUCAGGCGGGAAAGACUAUUUCGAGAACGAUGCAAGAAAGCAUUACAUAAACGAGCUCAGAAAAUAACCCACAAGGCUAAAAUCACCAAACAGCGAGCUCAAAAGAAACAAAACUUGAAAAAUAUCAAUGGUAUCAAAAAGAGCAAAAAUACAGAUGGCAGCAAAGAAACUGCCAGCUCCAAAAAGAUAACUGUGCAAAAGGAAAAAGAUGAAAGCAAAACUACGAAAAAGAGCCCUACUUCUCUUCCUUCAAGGAAACAGAAAAAGAACAAUAGAAAAACAACCAAGAAGGAAUCUGGUGCUAGCGCUCAUCGUUUAGAGGAUUUGAAGAAGCCCUUAAAUUCAGAGAAGCGCAGCCUUAGUGAGUCUGAUGUAAUGGUCAGUAGUAAACUGGCCAGAGAAACAGACCAGGAGGUGCUGCCCCCUGUCCAGUCCAGCGUGGACAGUGGAAGUGUGCGGACAGAAGUUUAUGAUUGCUCACAUAUAUUGCCAGGCCGAGUACAGAGGACACAGAGUAGUGAUUACCUAGAAGACAUCCUCAGUCCAGAUGAAGGCAGUUGUAAUAGCUCCAGAAUGAGCACCAAAUCAGAUAAAAACAUGGCUGACUUUGAUGGUGAAGAGAUGAUGAGUGAAGAAGAGCUGGCACACAUCAAUGCCGCAGCUUCCAUCAACAGCCACCAGCUCCAGCAACAUUUGGCCAGCAUGGCUGCAAUAUAUCCUGGCAAUUUACAGCAUAGUGAGUAUACAUGGCUGCUAUAUAUCCUGGUAAUUUACAGCAUAGUCAGUAUACAGGAGAGUGAGACUCGCCUUUGUAACAGCUUCUCGUUGGAGGACGUGUGUGAACCUGGAAAUACUUUGUUAUGGGAUCUUGUGCAAGAUGAGGAUGUGCAUUUGUUACCUGAGGGUCUGGCCUUGGAGGCAGAGAAAGCCCUGUGUACACUGGUGUGCUUUGCCACAGACAGGAGAAUUAGGAUGAAGUUCAUUGAAGCCUGCAUCAAUAAUGUGGCAAGACACAGAUCAGUUGUUGUCUCCUUGCGACUGUUGCCAAAGAUUUUUGCAUCAUUCCAGCAAUAUAGGAGUGGUAUAGACACACACUCUGUUGCAAUGUGGGCUGAAAGAGAACUUCAUAUGAUGAAGCAUUUCUUUAGUAAUUUGAUGUACAUAACCAACCGUGCCAAGAAAGGAAACUUGCCCUCAAAUGCUAUGUACUGCUACAGAGAGGAAAUCCAGGUGCGCCUGCAAUUUCUCACCUGUGUGUUUUCUACAAUGGGAACACCAGAGUCCUUCAGACUCAACCUAGAGCAGGUGGAUGUGUUGUGGAGUUGUCUGGUGUCUGAUCAAACAAUGAACCUGAACUUUGACCUCCAGGUGGCUGACGAGUGUCUAAACUGGUUUCUCAAUCAAGCCAAGAGCAAGGACCACCAUGCUUUAGGCUGGGACACACUCAAACAUAUCUUUAUGGAAAAGAUGCCUCUUUUGGAACCAGAGCACAUGAGUAUGACUGGCCUCAGUCUGUUCCAACAGCUGUGCCAUUUGGCAAGAAUUGCCAAUGCUUCUCUGGACCAACCACUCUCAGAGGAUGAAAUCUGUGGCAUGGACCAGCUGUGGGGUAUAGCUCUCAGAGCACAGAACACUGAUGUCAGCCUGGCAGCCAUACAGCAUCUUAACACGUACUAUAUCAACUAUGGGAAUGAAACACUGGAAAAGGAGGAAGAAUUCAUUAGUCGAUGCAUGGAGAGACUUGUCAGUGCAUCUCACAGGCUAAAAGAGAGCCCUGAAUCGGGGUUGCUCAUCAUUCAUCGAGGUCUCAUCCUGCUGAAGAACCACAUUGAUGGGUUCCGGCGCCGCUAUGCGUAUCACUUGCGUAACUGGCAGCUGGAGAGCCAAGGUAUUCACAGCCACCAGAAAAGUCUUCACGACAGGAGCUCGGCUCCCAUCAGGAUUGUGCUGCAACCAGCUGGAAUGCCUGAAAAGAUGACAUUAGAAAUGUUAUCCAGUGACUUGAUAGCCGAGUUGAGGGCAGAGGUCACAAAGUGCUGGGAGACACUGCAGAAACAACAGUCUAGUCAGAAGUUUAAACAACAAGGUCAAGGUCAAGCACAGGGCUCAGUGCUGACCCCUAUACUUGGUGCUAUGCUAGGUGAUGGACCAAUUAGAAUGUUGACUUUGGGCCAGGAACUAACAGUAGAUUUAGAUGAGAAGACACUAGCAGAGAUGCAGAUCAAAGACAUGCAGGUUGUAUUUGUAUCUGUUGGGGCAAGUCAUCGUCCACCCAGGAAGCAAGAUGGUAGCUCGCCAGCUUCUUUCCUUCCUCCACCACCAAAAGAGCGCUUGCCAAUGAUGUUAUUGCUCCAGGAUCCCCACUUUGAAAAUCUCUUUGAUUUGUUGCAACAGCUCAGUAAUUUAAAGUGCCAAAAUAAAGAUAUGGAUUCACAAGAGAAGUAUAGCCUGCAAACCAAGGCUAAAGUCCAGUCCAGGAAGGUCUGGGAGCUGCUCAUGUUACUGCCCACAAACCACAAGAUGUUGCAUGGAUUCAAGAGUGUGAUGAAUGCAGAUGAAUCCAGCCAAAGCAGUAUAAACUGGAGUGAGUUGUUGGAUGCCCACCACCCUCAGAAACUCAUGUAUUCCCUUCAGAUAGUGGAGGGUUUGUCCAAAGUUCCUAGAUAUAGGAGGAAGUCAAUUUUAAGUUCCUAUUCUGGAGCUGGAGACUCCCACCUCACUAGCACAGACUCAGAUUUAUCUGUAGAUUUAGGUGAUUUACCAGAAGAGAUUUGGAGUAAACAGUUUAUCUCCUGUGGUGGUCUGAAGCAUCUAUUCAGCAUAUUUCUGUCAGGCAGCCUACAGAUCAAAGACCAGGAAGAUUGGAAUGAGUGGAAUCAGGAAUGCUUGGCAUAUCUCUUAAGGUUGGUCAGCCAGUUUGCUAUCAACCAAUCAGAUGCUAGUUCUGAUGAAGUAUUUGAUGGCUAUGAAACGCCAAGGAAGAGAGCCAAGAGACAUAAGGGACAGGAAAACAUUGUCAUUCCUAAAUUGAAUCAUACCACACUGUCUAUGAUGGAGGUGGACCAUGUGAUCAAGAUCCUGAUGACCAUCCUGUAUGAUGCUGCAGUGCCCAGUGAAUCCAAGCAGUUCCAGGCAGGCUCAUGGGGGAGAGCAGAAGUGAUCCACUACUCCCUGUCCUUCCUGGUCUCCUGGGCCUUUAGCUGUCCUGAUGUGCAACCAGCACUGUGUGGAAAUGACAUGUUUCAAAACUGGCUGAAGAGACUCACUCUGGAAGCACCUGAGCCAAUAGUUCGCCAGGAGGCCUGUAGGGGGCUGUACAGGUUGUGUCUGGGUCAGACUGUAGAUGGCGUUACAGGGUACAGCUUCCUCAUGCCAGUGCUAGCAUCUCUCCUCCGCUUCCUUCCCGAGGCUGAGAUGAUGAAGCCUGCCAGGAAAGAGCAUGCAGAACACCCAAAGGAUAAGGAGCCAUAUGGUCCUGGUUGCCGAGACUAUUUCUGGCUGACGUGUCGUCUGGUGGAGAGCAUGUCCAAGGAGGACGCUGCCAAGGCAGGAGAGCAGGACUGUUAUGUGGACUUGAACUCCCUGUUGGGGUAUAUCUCCGAGGCUCUGAAGAAGAGAGAGUACCAUGAAACCAGACAUAACUCCAUAGAAGAUGAUGGACUGAUAGGGCUGCUCAACCUGGCCACUGCCAUUUGUAAACAUAACCCUGCAUUUAAGUCUACUCAGAAAGGACAGGAGUUUCUGUACAAUGUAUUCUGGAACCUGUUCUCCCUUCCUAACACUGGUCAGCGAUACUUCCCCAAGUGUAAGACCCAGGCCUCCAGGUCUGCUGUCUUUGAUUUCAUGGUGGAACUGGUGAAGGGAAACCUGGACAAUUAUACCUUUCUACACGAGAUGAUUAUGAAACAACACACAAAAGAUGCUCAUGCCCCCUAUCCCUGGGAUUACUGGCCACAUGAAGACGAGCGGUCACUGUCUGGCUAUGUAGGGCUGACCAAUCUUGGGGCCACCUGUUAUAUGGCCACCUGUAUGCAGCACUUGUUUAUGAUUCCACAGGCAAGGCAGUCUGUCUUGGAGGCAAAGUGUACCCAUGACAACACAUAUGAGGGCACCUUGAUUGAACUACAGAAGAUGUUUGCUUACCUCAUGGAAAGUGAGAGGAAGGCCUACAAUCCCAGAAGUUUCUGUAAAGUCUACACCAUGGAUAAACAACCUCUGAAUACAGGAGAGCAGAAAGACAUGACAGAGUUCUUCACAGAUCUCAUCAGUAAACUGGAGGAGAUGUCUCCAGAGUUGCAAACUCUUGUGAAGAACUUGUUUGGGGGCAAACUGACCAAUAAUGUUGUUUCUCUGGACUGCCCCCAUGUCAGCAAGACUAUUGAGGAAUUCUACACUGUAAGGUGCCAAGUUGCUGAUAUGAAAAACCUUUAUGAGUCCCUUGAUGAGGUGACAGUAAAGGACACACUGGAAGGAGACAACAUGUAUACUUGCUCAAACUGUGGCAAAAAAGUUAGGGCUGAAAAAAGGGCGUGCUUCAAGAAACUUCCCAAGAUUCUUUGCUUCAACACCAUGCGGUACACAUUCAAUAUGGUGACCAUGCUGAAAGAGAAGGUCAACACACACUUCUCCUUCCCACUGAGACUGGACAUGUCACCCUACAUGGAGAAGACAUUGAUGGGACCAGAGAGAGCAAAAGAUGAGGAUGUGGAGAAGAAACCCCAGGACAAGGUGGAGGAAGAAACAGACAGUGACACAGAGGCGGAGAGGGAGGGUUAUGACUAUGAACUGAUUGGAGUGACUGUCCAUACUGGGACAGCAGACGGAGGUCACUACUAUAGCUUUAUCAGGGACAGGGUCCACCAGUCUGAUAAUGGUCAGGAUAGAUGGUAUCUCUUUAAUGAUGCUGAAGUGAAACCAUUUGAUCCUGCCCAGCUGGCAACAGAGUGCUUUGGAGGAGAAAUGACAAGCAAGACUUAUGAUACCAUGACAGACAAGUUUAUGGACUUUUCUUUUGAAAAGACCAACAGUGCAUACAUGUUGUUUUAUGAGAGAAUGAAGCCCCAGGCCUCUAAUGUACAGGUGGAGCAGACUGUGUUACCAAGGUUUAAUUUUGAGCUAGGCAAGGAACUGGCAGAUUGGAUUUGGCAGGAUAAUAAGCAGUUUAUCCAGGACAAGAACCUGUUUGAACACACAUAUUUUGGGUUCAUGUGGCAGAUCUGUGCCUAUCUUCCUACAACCCUACCCAAGGACAAUCCAGAGGUUCCUUUACUAGCUGCCAAACUCAGCACAUCUUUUGUGCUGGAAACCUUCAUUCAUGCCAAAGAAAAGCCCACUAUGUUACAGUGGAUAGAGCUUUUGACCAAACAGUUCAAUUCUUGCCAUGCAGCUUGUGAGUGGUUCCUGGACACCAUGGCUGAAGAUGACUGGUGGCCACAGCAAAUACUCAUCAAAUGCCCCAACCAAACUGUUAGACAGAUGUUUCAGAGAUUACUUAUACAUGUGAUAACACAGCUCAAACCAGUUCAUGUUAGUUUGUACCUGUUGCCAUUAGGAGAAAGUGAUGAAGUUGAUGUGGAUAAGAUAGGAAGCAAGUCAUGUGUGACCAGAUUCAUCAGAAAUAUGCUUGCCAUUACUGAGCAAGGUGCACGCCCCAACAGCAAGCACCUGACAGAGUACUUUGCCUUCCUGUGUGAGUUUGCAAAAAUGGGAGAAGAAGAGAAAAUGUUCCUGCUCAACACUGGUGCUAUCUCUACCCUGAUCCACUUCUAUCUGGGACAGAAAUCUCAAGAACAAUACGUUGAGAUCCUAUCAGAUGAAGAUGAGGAAGAAGAAGUGAUCACUUUGUCUGAAGGAAAGUACCGUCCUCCAUCUUUAGACAAGAUGAUCAAUCUCAUUGCCAUGUUGGUGGAGAGUGCGCGAGGGGAGGACAACCAGCUCCAUCUGUUGGAGAAAGAUUACAAUGCUCUACUUGGAGGAAAGGGCUACCCGUUCCUGUUUAGUCAAAUCCGAGACAGUAUUAACCUGCGCCAAACCUGUAACCUUAUCUUCAGUUUGUGCAGGUGGAAUGACAGACUUGCUGCUCAGACCAUACACAUGAUAUUCACUGCCAUUACUAAACUGAACCAGGAGUAUGCUCAGCCAUUCUUCAAGAUCUUGUCUAUGUUGGUGGAGUUUAUUGGGGGACCCCCUGGGAUGCCAUCUUUUACACAAUAUGUGCUGCACAAGUUCUGGGAUGUGUGUGAGUACUGCCCCCAGCAGUGUCUGGAGUGGAUGUCCACCCAGGUGACGAGGAACAAGCUAGCCCAUAAUUUUGUCCUCCAGCACAUGAGUGGGUGGGUGGAGCACUAUCUGCUGGCACACAGUAAUGCUAGGGUCAGGAAUGCUGCUGCCCUACUGUUGGUGUCCCUGGUCCCCAGCCCUCACUUCAGACAAGCCUACAGAUCUGCCAGGAGUAUCCUCAGUCCACACAAGGAAAUCUCUAUGGGUCACGAGGCUCUGGCUGUGCUGCACCAGAUAUACAUGGAGCUCCUGAGACUGUUGAGCAAAGCCAAGCAUUAUGUCGAUGCCACAACCUACAGUACCACACAGCUGAUGUCUUAUUUUGCUCUCAUGACCUACUGCCUGGUGUCUAAACAGGAGAAACUCUUGUUUUCCCCUUUCUUCCUGGACCUGUGGCAGCUUUUCCAGCCCAAGCUGUCAGAGCCCCCUAUAGCAGUUAACCACAACAAGCAGGCCUUGCUGUUGUUUUGGUACCAGGUGUGUAACGAGACCCAGGAGAACAUACGGCUCAUCACCUCCAACCCUCAUGUCACCAAGAACAUUGCAUUUAACUAUAUACUUGCAGACCAUGAUGACCAAGAGGUUGUCAUAUUCAACAGAUGUAUGCUGCCUGCUUACUAUGGGAUAUUAAGGAUGUGCUGCCAUGUGUCCCGUAACUUCACAAGGCAGCUUGCCCAGCACCAGAACAUACAGUGGGCUUUCAAAAAUAUCACCCCAUAUCCAGCUCAGUACACAGCUGCUGUUGAAGAGUUGUUCCGACUCAUGAAACUCAUGGCGACCAAGUAUCCUGAGAGCACAGAAGAUGAAGUGAAGGCUGUAACCCAUUUCAAACGUGUCACACUGCAGAUGUACCUGGAGACUUUGGACUCCCGGACUCAGUGGCAGACCAUGAUCAUGGCCAUGAAAACCUUAGUGGAUACUAUAGAUGACAAGCUGUUAGUGCUGUAUCAGAAUGGGUUGUCCAUGAUUGCUGAGGCAUUCCAGAUGUUGCAUAUGAUGUACCAUGAGGCCACAGCCUGUCAUGUGACUCAGGAUCUGGUGGACCUCCUUACUAUACUGCUGGGAGUAUUGAAAACUGCCAGACAGUAUGUGGACAGGAGACAUGCAGAAGUGAAGAGCUGCCUCCACAGUUGGAAGGAUCGUAUGGAUCUGGUGAGGAAGCUGUUGACCCUACUCAACGCUUACACCCCUCCAGAAAUAAGACAGGUGGCAGUGGAUGUUUGUAAAGAGAUGCUGCUUCUGUACCAGAGUGAGUGUCUGCAGACCGUGGUACCCAUCCUUUCUCACGCACAUAGUUCAUUCCAGGAAAAUAACGUACCAAUCAACAUGGGACCAUUCUUUCCAAGAAGGGGCCAAAAGCUGUUAUCUUCCAAGUCUAAUGUACGCCCACCGCGGCCACAGUUCCAGAUGCUCCUGCAUAACAACCAGCUUGAGGCUACAAAGGGUGUGGAUGAAUCCUAUGACCAGGCCCUCCAGGAGUUCUUCUGGCCCUACUUCAGCUUUGUUGACUUGAUCUGCAGGGUGGCAGUCAACCAGGAGAAUAUGACAGAGAUGGUCAUCAACCUCAGUGCUAUGGUAGCCUAUGAAGGUGUUCCUCUUCACUCUCCUUUCUUUCCAAAGCUCUGGUAUGAGAUCUAUCAUUCUGAGCAUGUGGACAAGAAUUACAUCAACAUUCUGUGUAACAGCAGCUACUUCAUUGACUACGUGGAUGCCAUUCUACUGGAUGAGAGGCAAUCCCUCAACAAUCACGUCAUCUACCAGUUUAUGUGUACUUACUUCCCAAAGAUAUGCCACCAGGUUUUAAAUGACCAGGGUCACUCCCUUCUGGACAGUUUGAUUGCAUCCAUCACUGCAGAGAAGUCGUCCCUGGAGAAUGCCCAGACACACAAAGACAUGCUGAACAUUGCACACAGGUUAAAUGGGGACCUGCGAGCCAUGCUUCUCAUUUUCUCAGUACAAGCUCCUCAGCACAUCAAUACCCUGCUGGCCUCAACCCUGGAGUACAUUUUCCAGGUGUGCCAGGACUACCAGAAAGAGAGGGCAGAGAUACUGGAGCAGGAACAGCAACAGAAGAUGGCAGAGGAGGAGGAGGAGGAAAAGGUGGGGGCCACAUCACAAGAAGGUGGUAAGAAGGAUGCUGGCAGGGACAUGGAGGAAGAUGAAGAGAGUGAUGAAGAAGAUUCAGAUAAUGCAAUUGCCCCAGCAAAGAAGAGGAGAAUAAGCAGUGAAAAAGAAGAUUCUGUUGAGAAGUCAGAAGUCCCACUAAAAACAUCUGAUGUCAAGGAAAGUAGUAAAGACAGUGACAGUGAUGUCAUUGUACCAGAGGGCAGUGGGAGCCAUGACAAGCUUUCUGAACAACUAGAGAAAAAGGCAGUUGAUGAAGAAGUUGCCACUUGCAGCACUGGCACAAAGGAAGAAAAAGAGAGAGCAGAAAAAGGCAUCGAGACUCACACUGAAGAAAAGAAACUAACGACAGAAGACACAGGGGGUAAAAACAUGGAAGAUAAAUCUGACAAUAAAACGAAAACUGGUGAUAAAAAAGAAAAUGCUUCUAGUCACAAAGGAAAAGCGGCUCACAAAGAGAAACCUACCUGGGUAGACUAUGUAAUUCGUAACAUUGAGUGCAUAUUUAACAUGUUUCGUAAAAGAACUGACAAAGUACAGGAAACAAGUUGUACUUCCACUUCAACUACUAAGAAAUCAACAGAAGAAAAGGACUAAACCAGAGACCAAUUUAUGGUUUGUCAGAGAUUUAUCCAUCUUUUUCUGUUCUGGCAUAAAUGACUGGAGAGACAAGACGUAAGGUUGGCAUCAUUUUAAAUUUUUUAGUAGCCCUUUUUCCGACAUGUUUAUUGCUCGAUGUUUCACAUUAAGUUCUGAUACAGAUGGUCACACUUGGCCACAAGCUCACAAACUAUCCUUGUUCUUCAAACAAAUAUGAUUUUUAAAGUGCCCUUACACUUGUGCAAGAUUUUAUUGUCUAGGUGUGCAAUUUAAAAUCUGAUUGUUGUUGAAUUUAGUUUGCAUACAAUUGUAGAGAGAAGUUGACCAGAAUGGUAACUUGACAGUUAAUACAAGUAUCCCGGUGACAACCAACCACAAUCAAACUUUUUGUGCAAUUCAGUAGCAUAAUGGUUGUGCUGUUGGAAUGGAUAUUUUCAGUAAUGUUGCUUCAGUGUUUACUGCACAUUAGAGAAAAAGUACAAUGGUUGUUUAUUGCAGCAUAGGAUCAGAUUGAUCAGCUUUUAAAACCGUUUUUAAAACUGGUAUUAAUUUAGCCUCCCUUUACUGACAACAGGAUAAGGAUUUCUUUUUUUUUUUUUUUAAUGAUUUAAAAAUUAGAUUCAAACACAUUAAGGAAUCUGAACAGUUUGGGUGAUAAGCAAGUUGAUAUCAAGUUCAGCAAAAACAUUUCAAUCAUCAUUUACAAUAUACACCGAGGAUGUGGGUUUAACGACAUCCUGCCAUGUAUUGUAUGGCAUUCUGUGCAUUUAUGUUACAGCUCAUCACAAAAAGAUUCUUUGUUCCAAGGUUUAUAUAAAUUUAAUAUGUUUAAUGUAUUGGUAUUGCUAAGUAUCAGUGUUACUGGUUGAUCAAGUGGAUGACAUACUUGGCAGCCAUCUUGGUUAUUGAUGCCUUGUUGGAUUUAUGUAGUUGUCUGUGAAAAAUGAGUGUAAAUACUACAAAGGGGAACUUUAAAUUCCAUGCAUUAGAUUAAAAUGUUAUAAAUUCUAUGUGUUAUGUGCUUCAAGGCAUCUACAUGUACGUCUUAAGUAGAAAUGUCCUAAUUGUUUAAAACAGCAUUGUGUUAUAGUACGGUGGUGCUUAUCAAAUUACAUGGAUAGACUAUAUCCAGUCGAGUUGCCAUUAACCAGUUACAUGCAUCAAAGUAAGAAUAUUUGCAUACUCUAGUUUUUUCUCAUAUCAUUUUUUAUUAUGACAUGUGAAAAAAGGAGACAUCAAGAUGUUUAUGUAGCACAAGUAGGUUUCUCAAACUCAAGGAAAACUAAUAAAAUGUAGGAUUCAAAACCA